UUCAUUUUCUUCACAUAAUACUCAAAUUCAUCUAUUCCUCUCCUUAUGCCCUCCUCGUUGAAUAUGGUCCGUGCCGACACUCUGGGCGGCGCUGACCUGAUCCCAGCGCUUACCUCCCCAAUCUCACCCUUGGUCAAACGUUCUGUGAUGCGCUUUGAGAAGCGUGAAGAAAUUUGUUCAGAAUAUCCCCGUCGCUGGUGUCCAAAUGGAUAUCACUGUAUAAAUUCGUACCAGUGCAGAAAAAACAGAAACUAUGCCUGGACCGCUGUUUUUGGUGUGCUGCUUCUUCUUAUCAUCAUUCUUUUUUGCCUUCGCAGACGCCGCGCCGCAAGGGCUGUACCCACACAGCAAGCCGCUGUUACACCUUUACCCGACCAGCAGCAACAAUAUGCCUUCCCGCAACAAACGUAUGCUCCCCCUCCAGGCGAUCCUAACUUAGCUUACCAGAACUCCUCAUAUCCCCCUGCUGAUGCUCCUCAGGGACAAUCCGGUUUUGGCUAUCCCCCUCCAGCCUCCUCACCUUAUUCGGAAAAGCCCCCUGAGGCCACAGGCACUUACGCAGCGUAUCCACCUGGCACGGGUGGGUAUCCUCCUACUGAUUCAGCAUACUCAGGAGCACCCCCCGCAUACCCCCCUCCAGCUUCUUCAACAACAACCUAUCCUCCCCCAGCUGCCCCGGCAACAGCCUACACUGCUCCAUACGGUCCACCAUCUGGUCAACCACAGGGUACUGCCUACCCAAUCCCUCAAGGGGAGGCUUCCUCCCAUAAUCCUCCACGCUAAAAAAUGGAAAAAGUUUUUCCUUCGUAGUAUGUAUGUAUGAUAUCGACCUAGCAUUAAUCGACCAGUUACACAAACAGUGUCAUUCUUUUUUUAAAAUGAAGGGUCAUCUGCUCUGACUCAAUAAAGUGGU